CUUUUGCCUAGCAUUAGCUAUUAGCCAUCGCAGCUUACGGCAGCUGUUCUGGACCUUUUCUAAAUUUCUUUGUUUUUGUCAGUGAGAAGACUUUGAAAUGGUUUUGUUAAAUAGCAAUAACAAUGAGGAACAGGAUUUAAUCCUCAAUGAGCCACGCUGCUCAUCUCUACCCAGCUCUCCUGCAAAACGUGUUUCUCCAGCCAAAAAGAAGCAGUUUUUUAUUAACCAGGCCAUUCGUAACUCGGACCUUACUCCCAGAGCCAAGGGCAAGAAGAGUCUGAGACGACAGGAAAACACUCGUUUUCUGGACAAUCUUUUGGAACGGGACGAGUGCUCUAAAGAGGAUGCCGAAGGGCAUGAAACAGCCUUGCCCACCAUCUUCACUGAAGCCUGCACCAAUGGAAACUAUGUGGAGUACUGGAGUGAUUUUAUGAAUCGUUCCGGGGAGGAGCAAGAGCGACUGUUGGCUCUGCUGGAGGAGGAGGCCCAGAGGACCCACUCUGACAAGAGCCACAAAGACCGAAGAGAAGCAGUAAAUCCUGCCUUCAGCACUCAGGAAUGUUUUCAGAGAAUUGAUCGACGGCUGCGUGCGACACUGAGACGCAGACAGAUUCCCAUGGGAGUGUUGGAGGGUCUGGAGUCCGAUCUGCUGCGAUUCUUCAUGGCACAUCCACACUCAAUUUACAUUACCAAACUCAGCAGCAGUUAUGAGAGACUGCUGCUUCAUGCUAUCUGCCAGUACAUGGAUCUGACCUCUGCUAGCUCAGACUGUAAUGGUGCUCGACAGACGAAGGUGGUCAACAAACAGGCCGAGUUCCUCCCUCCGCAGCCUCUGCUCUCUGCCUACCUGGAGCAGCUGAGCUGAACCGCUACAAAUCAGCAGUACUGUUGCUGUUCAUCCAGCCGGAUCUGGCUCCACUGCCCUUGAAAAUAAAGCUUGACCUUGACCUGGCCAGCCUGAACGGUGCUCGGGGCAUUAUGUCAUAAGACCUGACCUGCAGGCAUUGCCCUUUUGGAGAGACUGUGUUAAAUAGGUCACUGUGUCAGUGUCACUAUCUUUUUCAUUCAGUUUUUAAAUGCAUUUUGGAGCACGUAUUAGUCUUUAUAAAUGAUUCUUUUUUCCAUGUUGCAGAUAGAAUGUUUACAUUUACUGCAAUGGCAUCCUUGUAUACAAACAGAAACAUAAUUGUGUGACCUCAAAACGGGGCAGACAGUGAUUUGGUAAGCUUUAUUUUUGAGGAAAAUGAAUUGAAGUGGGUUUAGAAAUUCAUGUCCAUCUCCAAUGUUAUACAAGCCACACAUAGUCACUGUCAAAAACGUACAACUCAGGCUUCCAACAAAAGGAUGACAUAAUAUUAAUCAGCACAUGUGUCACGAACAUCAUGUUGAUUAUGCAGUUACUGUUCAUUUAUACCUGUGCAACCUGCUUAUUCUUACUACACACAUGCUGUACAACUUUUUACAAUUUGUGUACAUUUGAUUUGUGCAGACUUAUAAUUCUGCUAAUUUACUUAAGCCAGUCCUGCCUGACAACUAAAGAGUGAUCAGUAGACCUUUUAUAUUCACCAUUCUAUAACUUGAAUUUGAGUAAACCGUGCUUGUUAUAUUUGUUCAUCUGCCUUGAUCAGGUGUCACACACUUGUUUUUUUCUGGUAAGGAUCUGCCAGCAUGCACUUACAACUAUGCCUUACUCGUAGUCACCAUAUUUGUCGGUUUUGCAUUUUCGGAUUUAUAUAGUGAGCCUUUACGUCUAGGUUAUGGUUUACAUAGUGGAAAAAUCUUUUAAUGUUUUAUACCAUCAAGAGUCCUGAGACACUUGAGCAGUUAUUGCAUUGUUGUUUAUUACCAAAGUUUGUGUGUGUGUGUAUGUGUCUAUAAUGCUGAUUCUCAGGCAUCAACUAUCAUGAAUGUGGACUUUAAACAUUUACAUUACUCGUUAUCUGAAAACCAGGUGUGUUGAACCCUUUUGAAAGGAAGAGUGGUGUUUUGAAAUAAUAUUUAUACUUGUGUUAAAAUAUUUGCGUUUAAUGCUAUUUAUACCGUGGUGGCAGAACAUACCACAAUACAUACCACAGAGCGCUUAAUUGUAUUUAGUUAUUGUCUGUGAUGAGUUUCUGUACCCAAGACGAUUAAAAUGUCAAGUUUUUAACUCUG